CCUUAUGCCAGGAAAUGCUAAGGGGACUGACAGCCUGUUAGAUACUAACAAAUCAACCCAGCAAAGAGAGGAGAUUCUACACCGAGAGUGUCUUCAUGAGGAGAGUUACGUGGAAUAGUUUUCUUAGCGUCUUGAAGGAGUUUCUAGAGGUUCUGAAUAAUAGUUGCGACCUUCCACUGUGAAGCUCCAGCUCAUCCCAAAUCACCAUCUCAGCUGAUCAUGUUUAGAUCAGCGCUACAGAAAGCAAGCUUCAUAUAGAAGAGGCCGCUUUAGGCUAAAGUGGAGGUUCACAAUGCCUCUGUUCUAUAAGAAGAAGAAGCAGAGUGAAGAUUCCAGGAAACGCUUAGAGUAUCAGUUGUGUCUGUCUAAAGAAGCUGGAGCAGAUGAUAUACUGGACAUUUCAAACUGUGAGCUUACUGAGGUUCCGUCCAGUGCCUUGUCCAUAUGUAAGGUGCUCCAGAAAAAGGUCUUCAUUCUCCAUGGAAAUGAGCUAAGGUCACUGUUACCCAAAGGUUGCAGCAUCAGUUCUUUAGAAACUAUAAAGGUUUUGGAUCUGCAUGAAAACAAGCUUACCUCACUCCCAGAUGACAUAGGACAACUGUCUGCCCUGCAGGUAUUGAAUGCAGAACACAACCAAAUCAAGACACUCCCAGAGUCUAUAGGCAAUCUUCAUAAUCUGCAGACCCUUAAUGUUAAAGGGAACUGCCUGAGUCAGAUUCCUUCAUCUGUGGGGAAGAUGAGCAGCCUUCGCACCCUGGACCUGAGUGAGAACAGCAUCAGAGAGCUGCCCAAAGAGCUGGCCAACGUCCGCACCCUGGAGAGUCUGACUCUGGAUGCGAGUACAAUGAACUACCCGCCAGUCUCAGUCUGCACAGCUGGCACAGAAGAGAUCCAGCGCUACCUCUGCUCCGAGCUGGGUGUGGAAUACUGUCCUCCCUCUCAGUAUCUGCUGCCUGUACUGGAGAAUGAUAGCAGCAAGCAGAGCAAUGACUGUGUGGAUGGAGAAGUCAUGGCCUGGCAGAGCAAGUUCAUGGACUAUGAGAAGAGAAAGGAGCAGAAGCAGCUGGAGAAGCUAAACUUUGAGAAAGACCUGGAGGAAAAGCAGAGGGAGCAAGCGCAGCUCGUCGUCCUUAACAACUCCCGCAAAGAGGGCAUGCUGCUGUCCGUCAAACUGGAGCAGGAACGCGUGGAGAAGGACGUGUGUCAGCAGCAGAAGACCCAGGAGGCCGAGAGGCAGAGAGUGCUGGAGAAAGUUCGACAGGCUGAGACCAGCAUUUCCACCCGCAUCUCUAACCUGCUGCUGGACAACAAACGGCAGGCUAAGAGUGCUGAGAUUCUGCAGGCAAUGGAAGAGGAACGGAUCCGCGUGGAGCAUCUAACUGCCAUCACACAGGAAGAGGCCAACUCUCUGAGGAAGAAAGAUGUUGCAGUGGCAAUGCAGACCAUGUUAUCUGAGAGCUACUCGAUGAGGUUACUGCAGGAGGCCAGCGAGGCCAGAAGACAGAGUAUGAUGUCUGAAGCCUGCAAAAGUAUGGAAACAAUGGAUAAGAAGUUUGAGCAGGUGCUGUCGCUACAGCAGCUUGACAAAAGCAAAGCCAUCUGCCAGAUCCUGCAGGAGGAAGAAAUGCAGAAGGCAGCCUUUGAAGCCCUGCAGCUCCAGAGGGACAGCGUGCACGGUUACAUCCGCAACCAGAUUAAGCUAAUUGAGGCAGAAUUAAUGCAGCUGACAAAGCUGGAGGUUAAAAGGAAGAAUCUGGAUGCAGAGAACCUGCAGGAAGUGUUGGCGGAGCAGAGAGAAGCUCUCUCAGACAUGCUGCAGCAGUUACUGAAACAGAAGGACCAGAGAGAGGUGGAGCUCAAGCAUAUCUUGAUGGAGAUGGAGCUAAAGAGUGACUCCACUCAGCAGAACUACUGGAUGAUUCAGUAUCAGAGACUGCUGGAUGCUAAGCCUCUGUCUCUGCGUAUGCAGGAAGCUGGUGUGGAUAAGGAUCUGGUGAGCUUGCUCUGUAAACUGUCUGCCCAGCACUACCUGCCAAUCCUGGCUCAUCAUCGAAUCACAGCAGAGGCUCUGCGGCACAUGACCACCAGAGACCUCAGCAAGCUGGGGAUCAAUGAAGUGGGAGUGCAAAAAUCUCUCCUCCACUGGGCCAGAGAACAGCCAUGUUCUCCUAAGAAGCUCCAUGAGGAACGAGAGGCUGGUGCAGUUUUACCCACUGCCCCCCUGCAGGAGCAGCUGACUCCCCCACUCACCCCCAAAACCCCCCUCACUCCAACAGUACCCAGCCCGAUGGACGGACCCAGCAGCUCCGAGUGUGUGGUGUGUAUGGAGGCUGAGUCUCAGGUGAUCUACCUUCCAUGUGGGCAUGUAUGCUGUUGCCAGGUGUGCAGCGAUGCCCUGUAUUCCUGCCCGCUGUGCCGCAGUGACAUCUCUCAGCGCAUCCGUCUUUACCAUGGCUGAACCCGGUCAGCACACCCCCACUAUUCGAACCGUAUCCUGACCUCUGAUGGAUCUCGGGGUUACGUCUCAUUUCAAACUCGCCCAGUUUCACAGUUUCUGCAUGAAGUGAUGAGCAUCUGAAUUGCUGUACCAUGUAUCCUUCUGUCCACUGCUGCACUUUCCUUCCUCAACUGGCCAAUCAAACGGGAGUAUUAGAUGCUGAAAGACAAUGACCUCAUUUUCCCUUUACCUAGUGCAAAUGGUGUGCUGUCCUUAAGUUAGAGUGUUAAGAGAAAUAAUGGAAGAUGACUUAGUACUAGUUCUAAUGUUAUGCACUUGCACUACUAUACUGAGUAUUUGUGCCUUUCUUGUGUGUCUGUUUCUUUCCAAAUCAUGUCCAUUAUAUACUUCACAGUCAUUAUUCUAUUCAUUACCCUAAAAAAACACCUUAAAAAACCCUUAUUUACUCACUUCAUCUUUGGCCAUGCUCAGGUUGUUUCAAGAUAGAUAUCAAUCUAAUUAAAAAAAAAAAUGUACUUAAGCAUUUUUCAACCUAACCUUCAUCAGGCUCAUCUGAAACAUGGUUAUUAUAGGUUUUUGACAUUUCCCUUUAUAAAGUUAAAGUUAAACUCUUUAGGGACAUUGUUUUGGCUUCUGUUAUGGAUGUGCUUUUGUGAAACAAACACUUAACCCACCUUUGUUCACACCCAGCAUUCUGAAAUACAGCACUUUUAGCCAAUGCUCCCAACAGGCUUACAAUGCUAGUGAUAAGGGCAAAGCCUUGCCCAUCCAAAGAAUCACUAUUUUUUACACCAUUACCAAACUCAAAGUAGCUCCACACUUCAUCGGUAGAAUUCUGAGGUUUUUGACAUUUAAAACGAGGCACUGAGAGCUUUAAAAGUGCACAGAUAGUUUAUUAAAAACACUGUUCAAUACACACAGUACCUUCAGGUAGUCGACUGAAGAGCAUGAACGUAUACAGUACAGGCCAAAAGUUUGGACACACCUUCUCUUUUUCAAUGCGUUUUCUUUAUUUUCAUGACUAUUUACAUUGUAGAUUCUCACUGAAGGCAUCAAAACUAUGAAUGAACACGUGGAGUUUUGUACUUAACAAAAAAAAAAAGGGGUGAAAUAACUGAAAACAUGUUUUAUAUUCUAGUUUCUUCAAAAUAGCCAACCUUUGCUCUGAUUACUGCUUUGCACACUCUUGGCAUCAUUCUCUCAAUGAGCUUCAAGAGGUGGUCACCUGAAAUGGUUUUCCAACAGUCUUAAAGGAAGGAGUUCCCAGAGGUGUUUAGCACUUGUUGCCCCUUUGCCUUCUUCACUCUGCGGUCCAGCUCACCCCAAACCAUCUGGAUUGGGUUCAGGUCCGGUGAUUGUGGAGGUCAGAUAAUUUUUUGUUAAGCACAUAAAACUCCACAUGUGUUCAUUCAUAGUUUUGAUGCCUUCAGGGAGAAUCUACAAUGUAAACAAUCAUGAAAAUAAAGAAAACGCAUUGAAUGAGAAGGUGUGUCCAAUCUUUUGGCCUGUACUGUAGGUAGAGUAGAGGAACAGAUAGCAAAAUGAAUUACAAGCAUUACAAGCCUGUUGGGAGUAUCGACUAAAAGUGCUGUGUUUUAGAACGCUGGGAGUGAAUGGAGGAGAUGGGCUAUUUGACAAAGGUUUGUAUUUGUUAUGUUUCACCAAUUUCACCAAGUCUAUUAUUUUAUAGGAUCUAUGUAAGUUUGAACACCAAAACGCCUGGAUACGCCCCUGUCAGCAUUAAUUACCAUCACUGCUGCCAUAAAGGAGAGCUAGAAGAGCACUUACCUUAUAUAGAACAGUACUUUAGGUACAGACUCUACACUAUUUUCAUCUUAUUCAAUAAAAGUAUUUAGUAGGUGUCAGUGCACAGAUCUCACUUAACUGUGUUGUAUUCUGGGCCUCCAGGAUCAGAACUGAAAAUCCCCUAAUAGAACCUUGAAGGAUAAAAUGUAUAUCAUCGCUGUCCAGUGAAAAACAAGUAUCUCCAUUUUUGUCAAACUAUUUCUUACACUGUGUCCAAAUUUCUUAAUGAAUGGACCAAUAGAAAAUAUCCAAAAUUAGCUGUAAGGAACAUUCAUUGACUUCCAUUAAAAGUUAAGAAUGUUUAAUCUCUCUACUGUAAUUCAUGUUUUUCAUUGGAAAGUGUCAUAAAGGUUUCUAGCUCUAGUUGGUUCACCUGAACCCUCGUCACCAAACAACGAAAGCCUUUUUAUUUAUUUAAAACAUUUACUUUUUGUUUGUAUGUGUUUGACUAUAUGUUUGAAUGUUGAUUAGAUUUUUAAAUAGCAGUUUUGGCUUCCGUGUUUUUAUAUUUCUUUUAAUUGUAAGAGUUUGACUAAAAGUGCUCCCUUUCAAUCCGGCACAUUAAUCAAUCUCUAAAAUCCAUUUUCACAUUGUUCCUAAAUGUAUCAGUCAGUUUCACAUUUUAUGCUUUGUAAAAAAUAUUAAUUUAAUCACUAGGUCAAAGUUGUGUUGAAUUAAAUGUGGGUACCCUCUUUAGAUCACGUAACUAUUUCCUGGUCCAUCUCAAGCUAAGACAUUUUACCUCCUUCAGUUCGUCUACAGUUAUUCGUAUAGCCAAAAUGCAAAAAAUAAAUAAGGAAAUCUCUGAAGUGCUCUUAUAACUAUAAGCAUGCUUUAAAAUAUAUGUGACUGUGAUUAUAUAGAAAGCAAAGAAAAUGUAAUUUAGCAUCAGUAAAUGUAUAUGAAAGAUCUAACUGGUUUAGCUCAUCUAACACUAGUAAAACACCAGCUAUAUGUGCAUGUUGAAAGACCUGUUUGUAUUUAUAAUAUAAAAGUCCCACAGUCUGGUUAAAAAUGACUUUUUGUCAUUUUGUAUUUCUGCCCACUGCCUAGUGAUACGAUCCAGCUGCACACAGCUGCAUCUAACUAUUAGCCGUUAGCUGCCUCUGUCUACACAUCUCUGUAUGUUGCUGUAAUUUUUAACUGUGAAUGUUAAAUCUACAAAAAACAAGGAAAAGCUUCCCAGGAAAAAAAAGUUUCAUGUCAUAUAAUCUCUAAUCUCUAAUUAAUUAUUAAUAUGCGCCUAUUAUGGCAUGUACUGCAGAGGUGGCAAAUCCAGGUCCAAAAAUAUUCAAAAUGCAGGAUUUAGCUGCCUGGAUUUUCACUUUAUGGACCUGGAUGGAUGUUUCAGAGCUGAUUGUUUGGCGAAAAGUAUAAUUAGCAGGUGAUUGUUGUCUGUGCAGCCUCUAGCCUCUAUUUAUAAUAAUAUCUAUUAUUAGAUUCCCCUUAAAUGUCAUGAUAUCAUAGUGUAUGUUUGCCUUAAAUGUGAAACCCUGUCAUAUUCUUUUAUGUUUUUCACCAUCAGACACUGUAUAAAUUGUGGGUGGGUUAUUAUUUUUGUAUAUAAUAUCUUCUAUAGUUUUUUUUGUGUAAUAUAAUUUGUGUGUUGGUUUUGUCAAAGUUUAAAAUCAGUACAUUAUUAGUGUGAUAAAAAUGUGAAAAAUAAACUUGCCUGACAUAUGACUCCA